UUUCUUUGGAAAGAGUUCCACAAGGAAACAAACAUGAACAGAAAUAGGGGGAGAGUCAUUGAAAUAGUGGACAACUCUUCUUCACAGAGUGAAAAGGUUCCCCCAGAAAGCAUACUGUUUGCUAUAGAGGUAUUCUACACUUCUACACUUACUAGUUCAGAAACUUUGGAAGCUCUGAAAUCUUUUGAAAUCCGGAGAGACAACAUGAUUCUAGGAGGCUAUCCUAAAACCGCUACUUUUGUCCUAUUACAUUUCUUCCCACUUGCUUUAAAGAGAAUGAACAAACUGCCUUCAGGAAGAAUUAUACAAAUCCAUCUGCCACCUCAUCUCCUUCCACCAUCCAUGCUCCAAAGCAAGGCUAAGAUUCUUGCGUUACUUCGGAACCCCAAAGACACAGAUGUCUCCUAUUACUGCUUCUACAACAACAUCCUAGUGAUGCUGUCCUUUAUCUCCUGGGAUGAGUACUUUGCAGCCUUCAUGAAGGGAAAAUAUAAUUUGUCCUGCAUCCUCUGGCACUCCUCCUUACAUGAGGGGCCUACACAGGACACUAUGCGUGACAAUCUUACUCCAACAUACCUUUCAAGGCAUUCUGAGGACCGGCAGAAAGGCCCAUGUUAUGGCAGAAUCAGGGAGUCUUGUGGUUCGGUGCUACCUAGUGGAUCCUAUUUUGACCAUUUAGUGGAACGGAACAAAUACAUUGACCACGAGAGGAUCAUGGUGAUAAGCUGCAAGGAACUCAAAGAAGUGCAGCAUCUCACCCAGCUCUUCCUUGAUGAGUGCACUGUGCACAUUAGAUCCUUCCCGCCUCAUGUGAGCAAUGAUUCUGCCCCAUUGCUGCCUAGGUAUUAUUUUCUCUUAGGAGUGACUGCCCUCAGUUUUCAGUACUUCUUGUUGUACACAGGGGUUGUUGGAAACUGGAGAGACCUCUUCUCUAAAGCUCAGAAUGAAGAAAUGGACCAAAAAAUCUGAAGAUUCCUUAGGGAGGAGCAAAGCUGGCAGCAAGGUUGAAAUAUGAUGUGUACUGCAAGGCUUGAAAAUGAGCAGAUGAGAUGCAUGACAGCAAGUCAUGAUCCAA